AUGGAGGAAGAAAAGAAGAACGGGGCCAUUAAACCGAUAGGAGAUUACCAUAGGUAUAAAAAGAGCGAAAUAACGGGAUCUGAAAGGGACAGAGUACGCGAACGAACAGAGGAUGGUGAAGCGCUGACGCGUGCCCCUCGCCGGGGGUUAAUUUGCAAGGGGGAACGUAGUUUAAUAUAAAAUUAUCGCUUAAUUGUUCCAGUGACGGGGUUCGAGCCAGACUUCGUUCACCCGUUGCAGAACGUAACGAUCCCGCAGGGUCGAGACGCUUCCUUCACCUGCGUGGUGAACAACCUCGGUGGAUACCGGGUGAGUCCUUCCUCCUCCGCGAGCGGAGAUCACUCUGGCGGCGCCAAGGCCCGGGUGGCGUGGAUCAAGGCAGACACCAAGGCGGUCCUGGCGAUUCACGAGCACGUGAUCACGAACAACGGGCGUUUAUCAGUGACGCAUAAUGACUACAACACGUGGACGUUGAGCAUUCGCGGAGUGCGGCGCGACGAUCGGGGCAUUUAUAUGUGUCAGGUCAACACGGAUCCUAUGAAGAGCCAGAGCGCGUUUUUGGAAGUCGUGAUACCGCCAGAUAUAAUAUCCGAAGAAACCUCGAACGAUCUGAUGGUGCCCGAGGGUGGCUCUGCGAAAUUGGUGUGCAAGGCCCGCGGAUACCCAAAACCAGAGAUCAUUUGGAAACGAGAAGAUGGCGCUGACAUCAUUUCACGCGCCGGAGUCUCCGGUGGCAAAACAAAAAUAGCUGCCGCGGAGGGUGAAACGCUGACUUUGUCGAAAGUAACCAGAAGCGAGAUGGGCGCCUACCUAUGCAUCGCAAGUAACGGAGUACCACCAUCAGUCAGCAAACGGAUGAUGCUGCACGUGCACUUUCACCCGAUGGUUCAAGUACCGAACCAGCUAGUUGGCGCACCAACUGGAACCGACGUUACGCUGGUUUGCCUCGUGGAAGCUUCCCCAAAGGCCAUUAAUUAUUGGACACGCGAAUCAGGUGAAAUGAUAAUCACUAACAACAAGUACAACAUGUCGGAAAAGAAGACGUCGGUGUACAGCGUUCAAAUGCAAUUGAUUAUCCUGAAUCUGCAGAAGCAGGAUCUGGGUGGUUACAAAUGCAUCUCGAAGAAUUCGAUCGGUGACGCUGAGGGCAACAUUCGUCUUUACGACAUGGACCUGCCAGAGCACUCAAAGAAAGUGGGGGAUCAUCGAGGGGACGAUGACACCAACGAAUCGUUCGGUGACCGGGAUCACAGAUUGAAUCGUAUGUACCAGGGUCCUUUAAGGGAGCCGGGUUCCACUUUGGAGCCAUUUUUCGACGACAAUGGCGUAGCCGCGACGUCGAAUAGAAUUCUACCACCCGCCACAUGUAUCCUUCUGAUAGCAUCUUGCCAUCUGUUUGCUUUGACGUAA